CUUAUCUCUCACCUUCUUUUCUUUUUUUUAAUAAUCAUUCAUACAGCUCCUAAUGAAAUUUCGCCAAAAGAUCGUUUCUUUGGUAUAUAUGAAAUUUAUUCACAUAUUUAUUUCUUACAAAAUAAAUUAGAUUUCCUACAUUCUGAUUUAUUCAUAUCUAUGUGUAUACAGAAUAGUUUACAUUUACCAUUACUAUUUAUCAUAUUAUGUCGAUUAAAUUACUUAUAUCGGUCGAUGAAUAAUAGUACAUUGUCAACCAUUCAUGAAGAACAUAAUAUGAUUAUUGCUGAUAGUAUGCAUUGGCUACAUUCUAUAGGAAUUUACUAUAUGAAUGGAAUUGAUGAUCGAUCAUUUCAACUUAACGGAUGGAUAUUAUUCUUAAAUUUUAUUAUUCAAUUAAUAUCUACAUCAAAAAUAAAUUUCUUCAAUAAUGAAUCAUGUUGUUUCAACCAUCCAGCAUGGUGUUCACAACGUUCUAAUCAUCAUGAUAUUCCUAAUAAUGAUGAUAUUUGUUCAUCUGAUUUUCUUUGUAAACGUUUAUCUGGAAUUUUAAAUGAACUCAGAAAUGCAAUAAUGGUAAGAUUAAAAAAGAAGAAAAUAAAUUUAACUGAGGAAAAAAUUGUACAACUUAAAAAACUAUGCACUUUUAUAGAAUGCCUAUGUUGUAUUCUUGAAGCAUGGAUGAUUAGUACUCAUUCAGUUGGAUUGUUGAAUUUAGAGAGAUUAAGUUGUUUAACACCAUCAAAUGAAUCUUCUGACGGUGCCAGAACUGAGGACAUUACAAAUAUGGAAGAGGGUAGUUCAAAAGAAUUGAAACAAUAUACCUUUGUUACUCAAGAUAAAUCAGUUGAUAAUACAAAUCCAACAGCUUCUAUAAUUUCUUCUCUUCUUAUACGAUUGAAAUCUAUUACAUUAAUUGAAGCUUAUCAAUAUUUGUGCCUUCAAUUUUGGACUGAUCUUAAACCAUAUGUUAAACAAAUUUUACAAAAUUCUUCAUUUACAUCACAAUUAUCGUCGUUACGAAUAUAA